AUGGCUCGGAGGAUGAGCAUCGACGAGUUGGAGGACCAGCUCCUCUGUCCCAUCUGCUUGGAGGUCUUCAAGGAGCCCCUGAUGCUGCAGUGUGGGCAUUCGUACUGCAAGUCCUGCGUGGUGUCACUCUCCGGAGAGCUGGACGGGCAGUUCCUGUGCCCCGUGUGCCGCCAAACCGUGGACUGCAGCGCCUCGCCACCCAACGUCACGCUGGCCCGUGUCAUUGAGGCGCUGCAGAGCCGGGGUGAGGCAGAGCCCACCCCAGAGUCCUGCCCAACACACCACAACCCCCUCAGCCUCUUCUGCGAGGCCGACCAAGAGGUGAUCUGUGGGCUGUGCGGCACCAUCGGCAACCACCGCCAGCACAAGAUCACCCCCAUCUCUACCGCGUACUGCCGGAUGAAGGAGGAGCUGUCUGUGCUGCUGACCGAUGUCCACCAGUACAAGAGGAACCUGGAUGAACAGUUCAGCAAGCUCAUCAACAACAAAAGCCGCAUCGCAAACGAGGCAGAUGUCUUCAAGUGGGUGAUCCGGAAGGAGUUCCAGGAGCUGCACAGGUACAUCGACGAGGAGAAGGCCACCUUCCUGGAGAGCAUAGAGGGGAAGGCAGCCCAGCUCAUCACCUCCAUUGAGUCCCAGGUCAAGCAGACAUCAGACACCCUGCAGAGACUUAAGGAGAUGCAGAGCUCUCUGGAGGCACUCAGCAAUGAAAGCCAGCUUGAUUUCAUCCGGAAAUAUGGCUCCUCCCAGUUCAGGUCAGAGCUCCCCAGCCUGCACCCCAGCGAUGGCAUCUUUAUCCCCGUGUCCUUCAAGCCGUGUUUCCACCAAGACGACAUCAAGAUGACUGUGUGGAAGCGCCUGCACCGCCGCGUCCUGCCAGGGGGCAUCAUCAAGGGCAAAGUGAGCCGCAAAGGGAAGCUCAGCAAGUCUCCUGAGAACGGCGUGUGGCUUAUCGGCCUGAAGGAAGGGAAGAUCUACGAGGCCUUCAGCACCCCGCGGGCCACCCUGCCACUGACCGCCCGGCCCCAGCGCAUUGGCAUCUACCUGCACUAUGAGAAGGGCGAGCUGACCUUCUACAACGCUGACAACCCUGACGAGCUCAGCCCCAUCUACACCUUCCAGGCAGAGUUCCAGGGCCAGCUCUACCCCAUCGUGGACCUGUGCUGGCCGGAGCGAGGGCCCUACUCCCCUGCCAUCAUCCUGCCCGCACCCACCGCGAGCCGGCACUCCCAGGUGCCGUACAACCAUCCUGCCCCAGAGGAACCCACGAAGCCGUAG